ACUCACACUGACUCUCUAGGUUCACUCAUCACACACACAUUCAUUCUGUCUCUCUCUCUGUCUUUCUCUAUCCCUCCCUCUCCUUGUCUCAGUCUUUCUGUCUCAUGCUCAGACAGACAUGCCCAUUCUUUCAGUUGCUCAGACACACAGCCACUGACACAGGAACACAUACUAGAGGGGAAGGCAUCCACCAGUCCUCUCAUUCUUCCUCACUCUUCACUCCUCUCGUCUCGCUGUGUUUUUCUUCUUGGAAGCUGGCUGUUCCGUCCCUGCUCUGCUCUACCUCAAUCCCAGCCCUACUUCAGGAGGCUCAGAUUGCUGCGCCAGGAAUCGGCAGCAGCCAGCGCACUGAGCAGAGAAGCCCAGUUUGUUGCGAGACAGUCCCCUGUUGUCCUGGUGAGAGAGAGAGACCCCUCGGCACACUGGCCAUACCCCCACCCUCCCGUCUCCAUGUAUCCUGAAUCUACCACAGACUCACCUGCCCGCCUCUCCCGACAGACUGGCUCGCCGGGCAUGAUCUACAACGCACGCUAUGGGAGCCCUAAACGACAGCUGCAGUUCUACAGAAACCUUGGGAAGUCUGGCCUGAGGGUGUCCUGCCUUGGACUAGGAACAUGGGUGACGUUUGGUGGACAGAUAACAGACGAGAUGGCCGAGCAGCUUGUGUGCCUGGCCUACGAGAACGGCAUCAAUCUGUUUGACACAGCAGAGGUCUACGCUGCAGGGAAGGCUGAGGUGGUGCUGGGGAACGUCAUAAAGAAGAAAGGAUGGAGACGUUCCAGUUUGGUGAUCACAACCAAGAUCUUCUGGGGCGGAAAAGCAGAGACUGAGAGAGGCUUGUCCCGAAAACACAUUAUAGAAGGUUUAAAGGCCUCACUGGAGAGACUGCAGCUAGAGUAUGUGGACGUGGUGUUUGCAAACAGACCGGACCCCAACACUCCCAUGGAAGAGACGGUGCGGGCGAUGACCCAUGUGAUCAACCAGGGCAUGGCCAUGUACUGGGGCACGUCCCGCUGGAGCCCCAUGGAGAUCAUGGAGGCGUACUCUGUGGCGCGGCAGUUCAACCAGAUCCCUCCCAUCUGCGAGCAGGCUGAGUAUCACAUGUUCCAGAGGGAGAAGGUAGAGGUGCAGCUGCCAGAGCUCUUCCAUAAGAUAGGUGUUGGGGCGAUGACAUGGUCACCACUGGCCUGUGGGAUCAUCUCAGGGAAAUACGACAGCGGGGUACCACCUUACUCCCGCGCUUCUCUUAAGGGCUACCAGUGGUUGAAGGACAAGAUCUUGAGCGAGGAGGGCCGGCGUCAGCAGGCGAAGUUGAAAGAGCUGCAGGCAAUCGCAGAGCGGCUGGGCUGCACUCUGCCCCAGCUCGCCAUCGCGUGGUGCCUACGGAACGAGGGGGUGAGCUCCGUACUUUUGGGGGCAUCCAACACCGACCAGCUGAUGGAGAAUAUAGCAGCAAUACAGGUUCUUCCCAAACUAUCCUCCUCAAUCACACACGAGGUAGAUAGCAUCCUGGGGAACAAGCCGUACAGUAAAAAGGACUACCGUUCCUAACUCACCACCACGCCAGCCAGCAGGGCUGCUCCAGGGCUGCUCCAGGGCUGCUCCAGGGCUGCAGCACAGCGCCAUGCCCCACCUUUGCCUGAUCCUCCUUUUGCUUGAGCUUUUACUGAAUUAGACCCCGGCGCAUGAGUCUGACCCUGCCUCAGCCACCCUGGGGAGCAUCAUGUAGACUUCCAGAGAAAAGGAUGAAGAAAUAGAGAGAUGGUCACAUCUGCAGGGAAGGAAGGACAGAUAGAAGAAAUAUGUAUUUUUAAAACUGAAGAAAAAAUGUGUUUAUAAAAAAACAUGCUUGCUUGGCAGCCAGAUAUUUCUUUUUUUUUUGCAUUUGUUUCUCUAAAUACUGAAUGGGAGUAUAACCAAUGGGUUUAAGUUUAUACAAAUAUACAACAAAAACUCUGUUGCACAUGUAUGCCACACAUUCGUUUUUUUGGAGUUCUGUUUAAUAUGUACAUCACAGUUUCAGUGAAACAGCUGUUAGUUUGUGUCGUCUACAUAUUAUCAGUGUACCAGCCUCCUCGCAGGCAGAACAAUCAGCACUUUACUAUUGUACAGUUCAGUCAUUGAGAGGUUGUAGAAUAUGUGAGAGGAUGAAAUAACUCAACUAUAUUACACACGGUGAGUCAUUGCACUAUAGGAUCUUCUCCCCUGUUUCAGUUUCCUACCUGUUCCCCUUAGUCAGUCUGGUCUCCACAGUGCUGGUUCAUAACAGACUGUUAUUUGACAAUAGUCCCUGGCCAAUGGAAACACUAGUUGGUUUAAGUGGCAGCCCUUCCUGCCCAAUAGGAGUGAAAGCUCAGGGAUCGGAACAGUAUUUAAUGUCCAUGUCUUUCUUUCAUGUGUGGACACCUAAUGGGGACCUGUCCACUGUCAAACCAGGGACAUUUUCACGUGGCUUUGAGCCAAAGAUAUUCUAACAUCUUUCAACGCCACAUCUAAGUGUGUGUGGCUUGUUGGAAGAGUAUAGCAACCGUCUUAAAGCCUAUACUAUCCAGCUUAUUACAUAUUGACUCUCUUCACGUGUACAGUAUAAUCACUUGAUCACGCUGUUCUAUGCUUAUACCCACACACACAGUACACAUUAAUUGUACACCCCUCUAUUUAGGGAAUGAUACGUUGAUUUUCAGAAGGCAGAUGAUAAUCUAUACAUUUUCAAUAAUCAUAUACAUUGCACCCUGAAGACAUCUGCCGCUGCCCUCGUAUUCACUCUCUAGCUGUUAGGUCCUCUCUUACUGUGAGACAAAGCGCAAAGUGGAUAGCAUGUGAUACGUCCUCCAUGCAUGAGCCUUCGUCCAACAGCCUCUGGGGAUUAUUCAGACCAAGCAAAGUCAUGGUUACAAGAGUAAACUAACAGGUGUAAAUAUAAGGAAUACUCACUCCUCUUUCGUAACUCAUUCUCUGGUUCAACGCGUUCAGUUUUCUAGUACUGUAGGUCAAGGUCACGCGUUCAGUAAAAACUUGCAGUAUCUCUUUUACAAUCAGGGUCAAGUCUUAAUGCUAUGUAUGUGUUUGUAGGUAUUUGUUCGUUUUUUAAUGCAAUACUAUCAAGUAAAUGUUGAAAUGUAUCUUUCAUGCAAACAUUUUUAUUAGUGCUUAGUAAUGGAGUCACAGCCAGUUAACAUAUUUUGGGGAGGUAUAUGCAAACCUGCGUAACAUGCAGUUCUUUAGUGAUAAUCCAUUAAUGUAACAUAUCUGAUAAAGUACUUAGCUGACUAUAUCAUAAGUACUUAGCUGACUAUAUCAUAAGUACUUAGCUGACUAUAUCAUAAGUACUUAGCUGACUAUAUCAUAAGUACUUAGCUGACUAUAUCAUAAGUACUUAGCUGACUAUAUCAAGGCCAAUUUUGGUAUCAUUUGAUGCAAUAUUUCAUAAUGAAAAUACUGAUAAUACAAAGAGAGUUAUAAACAUGCAAAAUAGCAUAUUGCAGUAAAAUGAUCUCUGGAUCGAUAUUUCUAGGACAAUUUCCUGAUUGAAUAUGUGUCAUGGAGCCAUAUGGGAGUCAUAAAAUGAUUCAAAAUCAUGUAAAGUAAGUAUCGUUUCAUUUCUGGACAGCUGUGACUCCAUCACCAAGCACUAAUCAAUAUUUUGCAUUAAAGAUAUAUUUGAACAAUUACUUGUUAAUAUUGCAUUAAAGCACUAACAAAUACCUACACAUGCAUAUAUAGCAUUAUGAUUUGCCCUGAUUAUAAAAAUAUAUGCCUAUUUUUUUAUAGUGGGAGUAUGACUCCGUUAACCUCCGCAAGGCCUUGCCCUUGUGUCAUUGGAUUGAAGGGAUGUCAAUCAUGGAGGGGCUGUGCUUCGCCUCUCAAAUUGAAAGGUGACGAGAUUGAGGGGAUAUUGAAUAAACUACGUACAAAUCCUUUCUUUUAGUUAUUUAAAUGUUUUUAGGUCGAAUACUUUAAAAAAUAUAUAUAAAUGAAAACCAUGAAAUCAUUUUUACACAUUUAACCUUUGAAAAUAAUGUCCAAUGAUGAACUAAAAAGGAUAAUAAUGUUCUCAUGUACAUAUUGGAGAUGUCAUUUGCUGUAGAAAAAAGGGGAAUACAGUCAUGUUUAAACCAUCAUAACUUUAGACCGGAUACAGUUACAUACAUAAUGAAGUGUACUCUAGAAACUCCACAAAGUCUUUUAUCAUUGUAUAUAUGGCAUCAAGUAACUUGUAUUUUUUUAUGUAGAUGCUAACCAUGGUGUGACCUGGCCCUGUAGUGUCAGUGAGUAGGGCGAAACUGACAUGAUGAGUGAAGUGUAGAUGCUUCUCAGGCAAAGUGAAGAGGAGAUUUGGAGAAUCAGAUUGAGUGAGGUUGUGUAUGUGAUGCUAACGCCUCGGGUCAGACAACAAAUAAUUGGCAUAGAUACAGAGUCAAAGUGUGUGUGGAGGGGAAACAAAUCUUUCUAGCGUCUGUGUUAAAUGUGAACUGUACAUUUUGAUUUGUCUGGUACUAUGUCUUGAGGGAAUUAGUGGCAAAAGCCAAUGUGGUUUUCCCAGAAGAAAAAAAAACAGUUUCAUAAUGUAUCAUGAUUUUCUGUCUUACUGUCUGUCAGGUAAUGAAUGAAAUGACCGGAAAUUGUGCAGCAGAAAUGUUUCAUAAAAUAAAAAUCUCAAAGGCACUGUCACAAUGAGUUUUCCCUAGACAUAUUUGGUGGUCUUUGUCACACUAUCAAUUCAAUGUCACACGUACAUGCACAGAGCCUGUACACUGAUUUGUCUGGUGAUAACUGUGAUGGUGUUGAAUGUAGCUCCAUCUCGCCCCCAGGGCUGUGCUGUAGAGAGAGAGUCUGUGCUAUAGAGAAAGGCUGUGCUGUACAGAGAGAGGCUGCGCUGUAGAGAGAGAGGCUGCUCUGGAGAGAGAGAGGCUGCUCUGAGAGAGAGAGGCUGCGCUGUAGAGGGAGAGGCUGCGCUGUAGAGAGAGAGGCUGUGCUGUAGAGAGAGGCUGUGCUGGAGCGAGAGAGGCUGCUAAGUGGAGAGAGAGGCUGCGCUGUAGAGAGAGGCUGCUCUGUAGAGAGAGAGAGUCUGCUCUGUAGAGAGAGAGUCUGCUCUGUAGAGAGAGAGUCUGCUCUGUAGAGAGAGAGGCUGCUCUGUAGAGAGAGAGGCUGCGCUGUAGAGAGAGAGGCUGCGCUGUAGAGAGAGAGGCUGCGCUGUAGAGAGAGAGGCUGCUAAGUGGAGAGAGAGACUGCGCUGUAGAGAGAAAGGCUGUGCUGUAGAGAAAGAGGCUGAGCUGUAUAGAGAGAUGGUGCUGUAGAGAGAGAGGCUAUGCUGUAGUGAGAGAUGCUGCCCUGUAGAGAGAGAUGCUGCCCUGUAGAGAGAGAUGAUGCCCUGUAGAGAGAGAGGCUGCUCUGUAGAGAGAGAGGCUGGUCUGUAGAGAGAGUGGCUGUGCUGUAGAGAGAGAUGCUGGUCUGUAGAGAGAGAGGCUGCCCUGUAGAGAGAGAGGCUGCCCUGUAGAGAGAGAGGCUGGUCUGUAGAGAGAGAGGCUGGUCUGUAGAGAGAGAGGCUGGUCUGUAGAGAGAGAGGCUGGUCUGUAGAGAGAGAGGCUGGUCUGUAGAGAGAGAGGCUGCCCUGUAGAGAGAGAGGCUGCGCUGUAGAGAGAGAGGCUGCCCUGUAGAGAGAGAGGCUGCCCUGUAGAGAGAGAGGCUGCCCUGUAGAGAGAGAGGCUGCCCUGUAGAGAGAGAGGCUGCUCUGUAGAGAGAGAGGCUGCCCUGUAGAGAGAGAUGAGCACCACAGAGCUCCUCUAUUUACAGGACCACUCUGGCAACACAACAGUGUGUGAAGUGCACUCUUGGAAGAGCUUGCUCCUUACUGACAUAGUGGAUAAUGCUAGACAAGCAGUGUGGAUGAUUUUAUAAGAAUUUGAGGUGUGUGAGUCAGGCUGUUUAGUGAGUAGACUCAUCGUUGCAGGCUCUCUUGUCUCCCUGUCCAGUGUUGCCCUCUGACAGCCUCCCUUUGCACAGCCACUGUUCCAUACAUAUCAUAUAGUAUUGAUGUUACUAUCAGCUCAGAAACCUUUGAAACAAGCCCUGUAGAUUAAUGAUGCUCAUCUCACAGAAUGCCGUAUGUUAGAGAUUAUUUUUGUAUGUUCGGGCCUUUAACGUAGAAGAAGCAGAAGAGGGAGAAUAAAAGUGUCUUUUUAUUUUCAUUUUCAACAUGCUGCAUUUUCCUCUUAAUAUUGUAUCAGUGUAAAGAUAGACAAAAUAAGCAAUUUAUUUGUAUUGUGUAUAUUGUGCAGAAUGCUCUCAAAUGAAUGCAAUGGCAGACUACCUUCUCUCAGUGAUGAUGCCCUAGCUAGUCAUCUCCUGUAUGUACAUAGUUUGACCUUUAUAUUUAUGGUUGUGGUCACCUCUGCCUCUUCUUUCUUUUCAUUUGCAGGCAUUGCUAACUGCACUGUGCUUCAAUCUGCAUUUAGACCAGAUGUACAGCUUCGUCUUUAAUGAAAUGACAAUGAAAAAAUAAGAAUGUAAAAA